AUGGAUUCAAUAAAUCCUGACGAUUUUUCGAAGUCCCAGUUACAAAUCUGGUGCAAAAACCUAGGUUUACCAGAUACUGGCACUAAAAAUGUGCUAGCCGAACGUUUAAACCAACUUAGCCCUGUAGCGAGAGGGCAACAUCCAAAAGAUGGAGCUGCUCCUAACGGAGGCCUAAGUAAACGCGCGGAUCCCCCUGAAAAAGAUUGCUUGGAGCACCUAAAGAGCAUUUUGUAUUCAUCGGACGAUGGCGCCGGUCAGACGCAAAAUUUCGAGGCAGACUUGUUCCAAGGUCAACAGCAGCAAGAAGUAACGGCAAACGAACAGAACGAAGCAGAAAAUGGACAGAACGAAGCAGAAAAUGAUCAAAACGAUGCAGAAAGCGAGACGCAGACAGAAAACGAGAGCAUUACGAAUGAACCGCAAGAAAUAUCAAAAGCAACAAAUGAGAAAUCAAAUGAAAAGAGCAACAACGGAGAGCGCAACGCAAUAAAUGAGAAGUCAAAUGAAAAGAGUAGCAACGGAGAGCGCAAUGGAACAAAUGAGAAGUCGAAUGAAGAGAGCCAAAAAGAAGAAAACAUAGUAAAGUACACUUUGGAAAAAAAGCUGGAACUACUUUGCAAAGAAUCGAACUGGUUCGUAGAGAGAACGAGUUUUUGCGCCUUGCUGGCAACCCUGAGUCUGGCCACUCAAGCAGCUGGCUGGCGACGAAGACAGGUGACCAGGUCUUGGCCAAAGAUGUGA